AGUUGACAUUCACUCUUGAACUUCCUGUGGCCGCGAAGGCCUUCCAGCAUCAUGUCGACCAUAGCAGACGAGCUACUCAAUGACUUUGAAGAUUCUGGCGACGAGAAUGAGGAUCGCGGACUUCAAGAUGACGACCAGGCAAAUGGUAAUGGUACAAAUGGCCAAACCCACGAGCACGACGAAGCCGGCUCUCCGGUCGGCGCUGAAAAUGACGAGACAAUGGAAGAUGCCGAAGAAAAUGAAGACGCCGAUCGAGAAGACAUAGUGGAGGAUGAGGACGAAACCAAGGCCAAAGUCGAAAAGAUGCACCUGGGAGCUGUGCGUGAUGUGAGGAGUGUAGCAGGUCUGAUGAAGGUUCUACAACCAGUACUAGAUAAAAUCUCGCACUACCAGAAUCUGCCUCCGAACCUACGAACUGCGACGGUAGGAACUGUCGAAGACGACCCCGAGUAUCAUCUCUUGACGCAGUCAAAUUCUCUAUCUACCCAGAUCGACAACGAGAUCAUCCUUGUCCACAAAUUCAUCCGAGACCACUAUUCCGCCCGCUUUCCCGAGCUCGAGACCUUGGUGCAAAAUCCGUUGGACUAUGCGAAGACAGUCGCCAUUAUUAGGAAUGGACCUCUUGAAAACAUCAAAGCGCUGGCAGACUCUGCGAAGAAUAUCGUCGGGGCGUCCCUCAGAUCCGUCCUCGACGGGCCUACGCUUAUGGUUGUGACCGUGGAGGGCACGACAACCAAAGGUCAGCCACUGAGCGAAGCGGAGCUAGAGGCAACCCUACGCGCAUGUCAGAUGGUUAUGGAGUUGGACAAGGCAAAGAAGGUCCUCACAGAAUACGUCCAGUCAAGGAUGAACAUCUUUGCCCCGAACUUGACUGCCAUUAUCGGGUCUCUUACAGCUGCUCAGCUGCUGAACUUUGCUGGUGGUAUCAAAGCUUUGGCAAAGGUCCCAGACCGCAACAUUCCUGCCAUGGGCUCCAGAAAACAGAAGCAAAGCGGUUUGGCUACGAACGUCGGCAUUCGACAACAAGGAUUUCUAUACCACUCACCUCUGAUUCAAAGUAUUCCAAACGACCUGAAAAUCCAAGCCAUGCGCAUUGUGUCGGCCAAGCUCGUCCUUGCAGCUCGAGUGGACAGUGUGCACCAAGCACCGGACGGUUCGACCGGCGAACAACUUCGCGACGACUGUCUACGACGACUGGACAAGUUGACUGAACCACCUCCCAACCGAGGGCCUCGGGCUCUGCCUGCUCCUGACGAUAAACCGAGCCGAAAACGAGGUGGCAGAAGAGCACGCAAAGCUAAAGAAGCCACAGCCAUGACAGAACUGAGAAAACAACAGAAUAGAAUGGUUUUUGGCAGUGAAGAGAAAGAAGCCGGCUACGGUAUGGGCGAGGAUACUGUAGGAUUAGGUAUGAUUGGACAAAACAACGACGGACGAAUUCGUGCCACGCAAGUCGACCGACGAACUAUGGCGAAGCUGAGUAAGAAGAAUCCCGGAUGGGGUGGCUCUGGCACAGCCACUAGCUUAAACAGUGGCAUGAACACUUCACUGAGAGGGUUUGGUAUGGGGGGCCACUCGACCUCACUUCGAGCGUCAGGUCUUCGGACUAGUGGCGUGGGAGCGGGAGCCGGCACAGCCAGUUCUAUAGCUUUCACACCCGUUCAGGGUCUUGAGUUGGUGGAUCCGAAAGUGCAAGCCGAGCUCAAGAGGAAACGGGAGGCAGAAAAUGCCGGUUACUUCUCCAGUGGCACGUUCACACAGGCUAAUGCGGGCAAGAGUGGAAGUGGUUUCAAGAUGCCUUCGUUACCACCUGCAAAGAAGACGAAUAUGGGCCCUCCUCCGGCGCCAAAAACAUGAGGGAAAGCAGGCUGAUUGAUGAGGAUAUCAACUCUGGAGAGGCUCGUCAUUAGCUCGUCAUUAUCGCCAGCUGAGAUUACACGCAAGCUGCGCCAUCAGCCUCUGAUGCCUAGCCUAAGGGUCGGCGGCAUUCGCUAAAAUCACAUUGCGAUCGGGAGAGGUACGAGAUCGGACUGCAUCAUCUUAAGUGGUCGAUAUAUGACCCAAGACAGCAAUGCAUGAUUAAGAGCUUUGCCAGCGCUCUCGAGGUGCAGACGAAUUAUGGCCACACGCGCUAUGACUUGUUAUGGACACGAUCACCCAGUUCGAUGAGCUCCAAUGGGGCUGUUCAAUACUGAUGUGCUCCGAGUACGUGAGCGCCUUCGCUUACAUACGAGUGUCGACAGUUAUGGCCACUGGGCUAUGCUUGGAACAGCAGAUUGAGCAUCGAUCUGCAGAUCUGAGGAUCUCUCACUCGAAGCCACUGACAUUGAAGGGCCGCGAUCGGUAGGAGAAACAGCUCUCUUCGCGGUCCGUUGCUGGACCACCAAACCCCCUUUCACAGGCGGAACGACAUGCUUGUUUUUGACCUGCUUCGAUAGCAUAGAGCCGCAGCAGACAUACCAGGUAUCAGGACCAGAAUUGGUACGUCGUCGAAUCAAAUAUAUUCAUUCCUG